GUGAUGCUACGUGUGGGUGCGUCAGGCGAGGGUCCUUUCACAAGCGGUACGCAGACAUUCUCUCUGGACAAGCGCAAGCGGCAGGUGACGCUAUGCGAGACUGCGCCUAGUGCCUCCGCCCCCGAAGACAGGAAGGUCGGCGUCGCAGCGCCUAAGAUGUUCGCCUUUGAUGCUAUAUUCUCGCAAGAUGAUUCACAGACGGAGAUUUGCUCGAGUGCGCUGACUGACGUCAUCCACGCCGUCAUCAACGGCACUGACGGUUGCCUCUUCUGCUUCGGACACGCAGGACUAGGCAAGUCGUACACAAUGCUGGGGCGACCAGAAGCGGCGGGCUCAUUGGGCGCCAUCCCGUGCGCAAUCGCGUGGCUCUUCCGCGGCAUCGCCGAGCAGCGCCAUAAAUGCGGCACGCGCUUCUCCGUCAGAGUCUCUGCUGUUGAACUCUGCACCAAUACCAACCAGAUACGAGACCUGCUCGCGCCUUAUCAGAAUGAUACGGAGCAAUCACCAGGGGUUUAUCUAAGAGAUGAUCCACUCUUCGGCACCCAUUUACAAAACCAAUCAGAACUACGCGUCCAUAGCGCUGAAAAGGCGGCAUUUUAUCUCGAUGCAGCACUGGCCACAAGAGGUGCUAAAGAAGAGGGGAAGGACAGUCAUUUAUUGUACACUCUGCAUGUUUAUCAAUACAGCGUAGGAGGAAAGGGAGCUGUUGCUGGUGGAAGAAGCCGAUUACACCUUAUCGACUUAGGAAACUCCGAAAGAGGAAAAAGCAAUGGAGGAAUACCCCUAUCGGGCUUAGGAAAUAUUCUGCUCGCUAUAUUUAAUGGUCAACGACAUUUACCAUAUCGUGAUCAUAACUUAACACAUGUCCUCAAGGAGUGUCUCGGUUCAUUAACAUGUCAUACAGCGAUGAUUGUUCACGUUUCGCCAAAUAUACAGAAUUAUUCGGACACUCUUACAACAUUGCAAUUGGCUUCUAGAAUACACAGAUUACGGCGAAGAAAAAUGAAAUAUUCUUCAAAUAACAACGCGGGAUCCGGAGGUAGUUCGGGUGAAGAUGCAUCAAAACCCAGUAGCAGUGAGCCCGAUCCGUCUAGCAGUGACUUAUCUGCUGAUACGGUAAUUUAUGUGGGACCGAUGGAUGAUGCAACUGACGGCGAACAUCCGCCGGUUUAUAUACCACAUAUUAAUUCAGGAGACAAUAGAUGUGUCUUAAGCAAAGCUCUUCGAGGAUCUGCAGCAGAACAACGACAUAAAUCAUCCCUGUCAAAAGUUAUAGAAGAAAAAAGUCCAAUUCAUAAAUUACACUCUUCGCCAAAAUCAUCACCUAUGAAAACUGGAAUUCAACCAGUAAAUCAAACACCUAAAUCAUCUCCUGUACAUUCAGCAGCGUCAAAAGCAACGCCCCUAAAGAAAACGUGUGUCAAAUCUUACUCAGAAGAAGGUAAAAGUUCUAGUGACGAGCAUUGGAUUGACGGUCCAAGAAUAUCAAAAUCACGGUUAGUUGAAGCAAGACAUAUAAUUAAAGAAACACAAGUAAAGAAACGUGAAACGUGGAUUGAUGGGCCUAUGCAAGAAAGCAAAACACCUUUGCAAUUUGAAUCCGUGCCAGUGCAAACCCCUACUAUACCUUUACAAGUUGGUGUUUUAAGUUCACAUGGAAAUGAAAGUCUUGGAUACGGAUAUAUGGAUAAUCACAAGAAAAAUAUGAUAAGGAAAUGGGUAGAAAAUCAAACCUCUCAAAUACAUAAAUCAAGACACAACUCACCAAGCCACAAAAUACAAACUGGACACAGAGACCCAGGAGUAAGAAUUCCUGAUGAUCCAGAAACAACUCAUAAAAUGGAACCAGUGAAAGACAGUUCUAGAAGAAUACAUGUAGAAGAGUCAACUAUAAGAACUGGACUGAAAACUGGAUCAAAAGGAAUGAUGAUAGAAGAAGAAAAUAUCGGACCUCCAUUUACAGAUCACACAUUAAGAAGAUCAAAUAGUACUAAGUCGGCAACUAAAAAUGAACAAGACGAUGACGAUGACAGUGAAGAAUUAGCAGAAAUACCUCCUGCACUUCCUCUAUUACAGCCUAGUAGUUUGAGUAGUAGGGAAGUGUCAAUGGAGAGCUUAGAUUCAAAAUAUAAAGAACGAUUAAGAAUGGAUGACGAACUACUUUCUAAUCGUAGUAGAGAUAUUGAUACACAUCAGAUUAGUAGGUUAACUGGUGACGACGAAGAUGAUAUGUUAGAAAUAAUUGAAGUUGAAGAGCCCUUAGAACCAGUUCCAAUGCAGGACAGCUGUCUACAAGUUACUGAGGAAGACAUCGCAUUUUGCAUGGGUCUUGCAGAACAUCCUAUGGCUGGAAUGGAACAAGAAGAUGGCGAUGAUCAUCCUCUUAGAAUACUCAGCCAAGAAAAUCUCACAGUGGCUUCAACAUUUACAGACACUCUAUCUUUAUAUAGUGAAGUAGAAAGACAAUUAAGAAACGAAUCAUAUCUAAGGCAGUUGGGUUUUUAUGCUGAACAUUUUAGUGGCGAUCAGCCUCUAGCUGAUAUUAACCCUCACGAAAGUUUACAGUCGUCUCGGUCGAGAAUAGAUGAUAUAUUAGGUUUGACAGAAUUAUAUGGCUCUCGUAGAGUACUAGACGGCAAUGAUGUUCCUAAUCCUAGAAUCGCUCCACAAUUUCAAUCAUUGUCCUUAUGCAAUGUUCGAGACACGGAAGAAUAUCACGGAGACGGCUCCGUAUAUAGCGAACCUGCUUAUAGGCCGAGUGACAAAAUAUGUAAUAGUUGUAAACGGUCUAUGUCGAGACCAGGAAGUGCCGUCGAUGACUGUGCAUAUCAAGAUUUGGAAGUACCCCAUAAUGAUUAUGGCCCAUUCGAAAGAUAUCGAGGAAACGACAUCACUGACGCUAGGAUUGCUUCCUUAAGGCAUCCAGACGGUGCGUCCGAUCCAAACUUAAGAGAAGAAAAACGAAUUCCCGGUAACGGGGCUCCGUCGAGCACAUUUAGAGACUUAAAAUCAAAUUUACACCUUGAAGUUACACCGCCUGUAGUUACAACCGAGCCUCGUAUAGAUAAAAGCGAGAAAGGUGAUAAAGUUGUGGCGAGAGUAGUUGCGAGUUCAAAGCCAGAUGGUUACGAUAGUGGGCAUGAAUCAACGCCAAGAACUGGAAAACAUAGUCCGGCAGCAACGUCAAGGCGGGCUGAAUCGGGUUACGAUUCAGUACCUAGAGAUUCGGAUGCAUCAUCCCUCGACUCCUACCCAACAAGGCGAGCGGCUGUGGCACGAGCUCAUGCAAAAAAACAUACGACAGCGAAGUAUAAGCAGCACAGCGACCGGUCUUUCUGUUCCUGGCUAAGAAAUCCUUUUACAUGUAAAUACGCUGACACCGAUCCCGAAAUAAGCGAUUUUUAACUUUCGAAUAUAUCAAUGAUUCCUCAAGGUACAAAGCUUGUACUUUGAGUGUUUCAAAAUCUAAAUGAUUUAUAUCAUUAAGCUACGUUACCGAAUUUAAUCUGGAGACUGCUUUUGUACUCUACGUAGAUGUACUCGUAUUUAUACAACAAAGGCUUGGCACUAAUCCAAUGAGAUUACUACUGUAUUUUUUUAAUCUUAACGAAAGCUUCUAGGCCCAUGCUCUUGACUUAAGACUACCUACCUAUAACGAUCGUCUUUUGACAAUGUUGUAAAUACAGACGUGUCACGAAAAGCCUCUUGAUUGUUAUUUUUGCUCAUUUUGUACUUUUAUAGUUCUUUACUCGUUUUUUAUGUAAACAAACAUCUUAAACUAACUUUUCUAUAACAGUAAAUGUAUAAAAUCUAAUUUAAAUGGUCUUCCUUUGUCUUCCCAUUCAGUGACCUCAUACUAAGAAGGCUUUGCUAUAAAUAAAACUAUUGACAGUUGCCAUAAUGUCUAUAGUAAUUUUUAUUUGAUCCACUUAAAACAAAGAGCAAAAAUUAAACUUAAUUCCAGUUAUUAUAAUGCGAUAACAAUCUGUAUAUUUUUAUAAUUCAGAAGAGCC